AUGGAUCAUAGAAGAAAUGAGCAAGAGUUUGAUGAGUUUGAGAAGCUUCUUGGAGAAAUUCCGCAAGUGACUUCAGGAAACGACUAUAGCCCUUUCCCUAUAUGUUUCAGCUCAAGCAGAUCAUCACCAUCCAUCAAGAAAUCUUCUCCCUUCCUAGAACAAAAUCUUCAUCUUACCGGUGACGACAGCACAUUUACCUCUGAUGCAUUUUCUGCUGAAGGAAACUUAAACUUUGGAACCCCUAAUCAAACUCUGGAAGAUCACCAAGUGUUGUUCAUACCUUCUAACCACUCUCUAAGUAGCUCACCUUGUGCAUAUGAUUCAAGAAACCUCGAUCAACAAAUGUUUAGGAAGCUGCAACAUGUUGGUUACUUUCCUCAGAGGCAGCAUUACAUGCCAUCCUCCCAGUCUCACCAUCAGUCUCAUUUCAACUGGAGGAAUAUUGCAGAAGGGAGGGUGAAUCUCCAAGAAGAACAGUACAUGCCUGUGUUUGAUCAGUAUCAAAGACAGUUCACAGGCAUGUACACUUCUCCAAGACAAGAACAUUUCGACUAUCACCGAGCUCAUGAACAGUAUGGAGAAGAUGGUGAUGAAAGCCUGAGGUGUUUGAAUGGGGUGAUAAGGAAGAGAAUGUACUAUCCAGAGAAGAUUCUAAUGAGAUCACCACUCGGUUUAAACACAGCCAAAGUCAUAAACUACGGUGUUGGAGAUGAUACACAAACCGGAAGAUCACUUUGGUUCAAUGAAGAUCUUGUAAUGAGCCUCAACAACUUGACAUUGCAACCUCCAAAGUAUAACUCUCUUGCAGAGACAAAAGGGAAGAUAUAUUACAUGGCGAGAACUCAGCAUGGAUGUCGCUUCCUUCAGAGGAAGUUCGCCGAGAGAGAUGUGAAUGAUAUAGAAAUGAUCUUUAACGAGAUCAUUGACUAUAUAACUGAACUUAUGAUAGACCCUUUUGGUAACUAUCUAGUACAGAAACUUAUUGAAGUAUGCAGCCAAGAACAGAGAAUGCAGAUUGUUCAUUCCAUUACUAGAAAACCAGGAGUGCUUAUCAAAAUCUCUUGUGACAUGCAUGGGACUAGAGUUGUUCAAAAGAUUGUUGAAACAGUUAAGAGACAAGAAGAGGUUUUAAUGAUCAUGUCUGCUUUGAGACAUGGCAUUGUGACUUUGAUAAAGAGUGUAAACGGUAACCACGUUGUUCAACGAUGCUUGCAGUAUUUGUUACCUCACUGCGAGAAGUUUCUUUUUGAGAUAGUGAUUACUCACUGUGUUGAGCUUGCAACUGAUCGACAUGGAUGUUGUGUGCUUCAAAAAUGUAUUGGCUAUUCUAAAGGAGAACAAAAGGAUCACUUAGUCUCUGGGAUUACCUCUAACGCUCUACUCCUCUCUCAAGACCCUUUUGGGAACUAUGUUCUUCAAUUUGUUCUUGAGUUACAACUCCAAUGGGCUAUCAACGAGAUCCUCGAGCAGUUAGAUGGGAACUACACACACUUAUCGAUGCAGAAAUUUAGCAGCAAUGUAGUUGAGAAGUGUCUAAGACUAGCUGAUGACAAACAUAGAGCUCGCAUCAUCAGGGAACUCGUAACCUAUGGUUGUCUUGAUAAAGUGAUGUUGGAUCCUUAUGGAAACUUUGUUAUUCAGUCAGCUCUUAAACAAUCCAAGGGGACUAAUGCUUAUGGUCUUUUGGUUGAUGCUAUUAAGCUUCACAUCUCUUCUCUUCGUACCAAUCCUUACGGUAAAAAAGUCCUCUAUGCAAUUAGCUCGAAGAAGUAAAAUCAUCAGAUAUGCAGAUUUGUAGCAAAUGUUGCGGUGUUGUUGUUGCUUGUUGGUCAAGUUACCUUGUAAAUGUAAUCAUGUAGUGUGUAAUAAGAAAGCAUAGAUCGCAGGAGACAAAAGAUUCAAAGAAAUGGCUUGUUUUGUAAUCCGAUGUUACAAUCAUCUUUGUUUUGUAAUCUGAUCUUAAUUACAGCCAUCUUUGUUUUGUAGUA